AUGAAAGAAAUUCAUCCAGAUACAUGCAUUUUGCGACGUGUAUUGCCGUCAGAGAUGGGUCCAUCAACCCUCGACGAAUGUGAACCGUACUUGAUCGCUGUCAAGGUUAGUGUGGGCCGGAACGACCAAGCGCUUGACGUUAGCUGGCUAAUGGGAGCCAAAGCUGGGGCUAAGCAAGACUUUGGGUUAGGAUACGGUCGAGACACCUUAGGUUGUAACGAGGAGGGGAGUAGAUAUGUUCCUGGGUCGGGUCGGGUUCGAGCCAGACCUAAGUGA